AUGGUAUAUUCUCCAUAUUAGCCUUUAAUUGACCCUAAACAUUACAGCAAUUUAUCAAUUGUCCUAACAUUUAUUGGGUUUUGUUUCUUAUCAGAUUUUGUAAUGUAAACACUCAUAUGCUAAUUGAUAGUUAUUAAUUUACUAAAUAAAAAGAAUAAAGAGCAUUAACAAAGGAAUUAAUCGCUGGAUUUUUUACAGCAUUAUUUUUAUCAUCCGGAACAGUAUUCACAUUUUUAGCUUUAGGGUUGUAUUUUUGA